AUGGGAGCAAAUCAAUCAGUCGAUUUAUUGGUCGGCGAAAAAUUUGAAGAAACAUCUUUUAAUUUAAGGAAUGAUACUCAUUUAGUUAGAGAAAUGAACACUGAUUUAUACGGAGAAUCGCAGUUAAUGUAAUACAAGGAAUCUCUACAUCAUCCUUAUUUAGUCUUGAAAUCGCGCUUGCUUGCUAGUAAAUCUGAAUAUGAAGAAUUCAUCAAAGAACCUUAAAAGCGCAAAAAUAUGAGAUCUCCUUAUUUAAUUCCUCUUUUAAAUAUUUAUCAGAUAAAAUAAUAAGACUAUUGCAGUAAAUACUUCAAGGUAUAUAUGCUCUAUGCAUAUUGCGAAAAAACACUUUUUGAUGCCAUGAUUGAAAUGAAUGAGUUGUAGUAGACUUUCAAGGAAUAAGAAAUUAUUCAAAUGAUUGAAAAUGUCCUUCAGGGAUUAAUUUUUUUGAAAUAAAAUGGAAUUUCUCAUGACACAAUUAAAGCUAGUACUAUUGCUAUAGCUAAUAACUCAGAUAGUUAAAAUGUUAGUGGUAUUGCAGAUUAUCUUUGUAAUAGCUAUAAAAAAGUAAAUACAAGUAAUUCUGCUAACAAGUAAGCUAACAUAAAUCAAGAUCUUGAGAACACUAACUUUUUAAGUUUAGCAAAUGUGAAAUAUUAAAUAGCUGAUUCAAAAUUCAUGCACAAUGGAAAAGAUGCAUAUACUUCAGCUAUUUUAGGGGAGAAUUAAGAUUUCUAUUUAUCACCUUAGCUUUUUACCAGAUUGAAGCACAGAUAUGUUUAAGGAUUCAAUGCAAAUAAGCCAGAAGAACAGCGUUCAAACGAAGUUUCAUAGGUUUUCAGCUUAGGUCUUGUUGCAAUAGAGAUGGCAACUCUAAAAAGCGUUAGAAAAAUUUAUGAUUUCGAUUAUUAUAGUUUGAAUAAGGGAAAGCUGCUUGAUAAAUUAGGCCUUAUUUCCAACCUUUAUUCUCCUUAGCUUGCUUACAUUAUCGCUAAAAUGAUAACAUUCAGUGAAAAAGAUCGCUUUACUUUCAAUUAGACUCUUGAUUACAUACAUAACUAUUAACAAAAUCCUCAAUAAUUUCAUGAUAUUGACUUUAUACCUUCAAUGAUUUUAGAAAAUUAUAAUGCUGGUCAUACAGAAGCAGAUUUUCAUGGAAAUGCAUCUCAAAAUUCUUAAGUGUAAAUAAAAACUUUAGAAGAUGAAGAUGAUUUAAUAAAAAGAGCUCGCUAAAAUGCCUUAAUUAAUAAAUAAGGUGAUAAAAAUUUUGAUUAGCAGGAAGAUGCAGCUAACAACAUAAAUAUUAUAAGAAAUAGUAAUUUGUCAGAUGAACAAAUUAAAAGCAGAAGUAAAUCUCCAAGUAUUACCCCAUCAGCAAAAGAAAAUUAUUAAAAAGAUUUUGCAACUCCAAACAAAAAUAUUAACAAUGUUUUUACCCCAGGCUAAACCAAUUCAAGCUAACACUAAAGAGGUUUAAGCACAGCAUUGCAUAACUAAAACUCAUAUACAAAUUAAAAGAAUACUUUUCUUUCCCCAUCAGAAAAUUUGUAGAGAAGCAUUAAAAAUAGCAAUCCAUAAUAUUCUAUUUCAGAAUAUAAUAAUAUUAAUACUCCUUAAUAAUAUUAGCCAGAAAGUGACUCUUAGCUUCGCUUUCAUAGAGAUGAAGUACUCAAUUCUGCUUACCAAAGCUAAAAUCUUAUCAGCAGCUCAAAGAAUAUAGGAAGACACUCUUAGAAACCAUCUAACCCUCAAUCUAAAAUAGCCUCUUAAGAUUUAAGUAGCUAUGAUCAACCUGAUUUUAAGUUAGAUAAAGAAUACGAAAAAAGCGUUGACUUUUAAAACACAGUUUACUACAAUAAGAUGAGACCUACUGAGCCACUAGAUUAAAAAAAAUACAGCCAUUAAUACUCUUAAUCCUUGAUUGCAAGCUCAUUAAAUAACACAAUUAAAGCAUAAAGUAACCCUUAUACUUCUCAAAAUUAAAAAGUAGAGUAUUAGAUUAACCAAAAUAAGAUUGAUCAAAACUUAAUUAAUUAAUAAGAGCGUAUUAAAUAGAGUAGUUAAUCGCACAAUCUCUACAGCAAGAAUUUAAGUGAAAUAUUAAACGAAAGUAACAACAUACAAUUCAAUAACAAAUUCCCUAAUAACUCCAAAUCUUAAUUUAUCUCUCCACAAAUACAUAAUGAUAAUUCAAACAUAAAAAUAAAUCCACCAUAAGUUAAUUUAUCACCUAAGCAGAAUAAUUAAGAAUAGAAAUACCAAAUGCGUUUGCCUUCUCAAAAAAGUCUUAGAAGUGAAAGUUUGAUUGGAAGUCAUUUAGAUAUAGAUUAAUAAAAUUAAAAAUAUUCAUUAAAAUUCUCUCCUAAAAAUAUAUCUCAUGCACAAUAAUCUCCAAACUUCUUUAAGAGUCAAAAUUAAACAUCUGAAUUAAAAAGAUCUGCCCCUUCUAAAUCAGUUCAUGUAUCAAACCCUUCUGAAUUAUUUAAUUAGAAUGGUUAAAUUUUAAACUCUGACUAAUUUAACAGAAAUAGAUAGCAUAUUAACAAAUUUAUUUAACAACCUUUAAACUAAAAUAUGCUUCAAGUUCCUUAGAAGCAGCAAUACUACUUCAAAAAUUAAAAUUCUCAUAAUUCAUCUGCCCAGCAAAAUGAAGAUUCUGUUCAAAUAUCUGUGGCAAAUGAAACAGAUAUGAAUAAAUAAGAAUAUCCUUAAUAAAUGAUAUAUAAUUUUGAUGCAAAGUUGAUUUAAGAUACAAAAGAUAGAUAGUUGUUUGUCCCUCAACAAUCGCAAUAUUUACAAAUGAGUAAUGGAUAAAUUUAGGGUAUUCAAAGUAAUGGUAAUAAGAUGAAUAUGCAAAAUUUUGAGAGGAGAAGUAAUAUGUCAGAAUAAAACAAUAGUUAGGUAAAUUUGAGUUAAAAUUUGCAAAAUGUGGUUGAGUCAAGCUAGCCAAAUCACAUCCAAAGCACUAGUUACAACUAAUUGUAAAAAAAAGAAAACCAAAAUAUUUAUUAAAGCAAAUCGAAUACCCCUAUUUAGCAAUCAUAGAAUCAAUUAAAUGUUUUAAAAUAUUCUUAAAGACUUUAAAAUUAAGAUAUUCCUAUCUAAUAAUUAAAGAGCUAGAAUUUAAAUAAUAAUUAUCUAUUUUAGUCUUCAAAUUCAAUCGCCAUAGCUCAUAACUUGAUAAACGGAAGUGGCCAAAUAGACUAAAGCAACAGCAUAAAGGAGUAGCCAUUUAUUUAACCACCAGUUUAGAACGUGUAUUAAUUUUAUUAGGAUAAAUCAAACAAUGUGAGCUAGACCGAUAGAGUUAACAUUAAAAGUAUUAUAAAAGAAAAAAAUACUGAAAACAUGCUUGAUAACUCGCUGAUAGAUUAAAAUUUGCUAAUAAAUGGUCCACCAACUCCUCGCAAAUCAAUUAGAGGUAGCAAAAACAUGUACCGUUUAUAUGAAAAAUCACCAAAUAAAGAUGAUCUGCACUAUAAAUUAGAGAAAGUUUCAAUACCCGAAGAAGAAUAUAGCAAAGAUGUUUAAUAAACAAUUAAAGAGUUAGAAUAAAAAAUUAAAGACUUUGAUAAUAAAAUGUAAAAGUAAAAAAUGGGAACUAGUUAGUAAGAAAUGUAUAAAAAUAGUCAAGAAGAACAACAAUCUGCUUUCUAAAAGUUUUUAAGUUCUUUCAGCUGUAAGACAAAUUAAAAUGUCAUUUAAGAUUAAUAAAAAUAAAAUACUGAUAAUAUGCCUACUUAGAAAACACCACUCAAGUAUCUCUUUACUGAAGAUAGAAUUUCUCCUGAAAGAUUCCCUAUAUCAGAAGAUGAAUACUAUAAUCAUUUUGAAAACCGUAAUUCUAAUUCUCAAUAGAGAUUAUCACCAAAUCCAUACAGCAACAGCAGGCAAAAUAGCUUCUAUAAUACCUCAAUGAACCAAAGAUAAAAUAUUAGUAAUAGCAAAUCUCCUGUAUAAAAUUCAAGGGACAUGAAAGCCUUCUUCCAAAAAACAGCUCCAUUUGCAGAAAAUUAUAAUUGA